UAUUUACACCGUAAGUGGUGAUGUCUAUCCUAUUGCCAGUCGGAAGCUCGACUCCAGUUUUGAUUUGGAACUAUGUCGGAAGACGUGACCCAAGGGACAUGUGAAAACACAAUGUUGAAGUCCAAAAACGCAGAUGUACCAGCAUACGUUACAUUCUGCAACAGGACUUCGAGAAAUGUUGAUAUUUUCUGGUUAAAUUAUAAGGGGAAACGAGUGAAAUACUGCAAUUUAUCGCCUCAACAACGAAACUUUUAUGUAGACACCUAUGUUACACAUCCAUGGGUUUUCAGAGAAGCUGGUACGGAAUAUAUCAUGACUGCAAAUAAAAAGGACGUGUUUUUUCCUAAAGCAUGGGAUGGUGGACAAGAACGAAGCAUAACGUACAUUGAUAUACCAGUGUAUUCCUUGAGGGAAAGAUGUAUUCAGGUUCUUAGGAAACUACUCCCUAAAGAGUGUAUGGAAGAUCUGGACAUACCCAAGUUGCUGAAACAAGAACUGCUUGACAUGCAGUGUCAAAGUCAUGAUACAUAUAAAAGUGUUAAAAGCAGCACCCCAUGACAUACACUACAUUGAAAAGUCUAAAUUGACCAAUAAUUCACUGUGAUCAUUCAUUACCGACUGGAUGACCUUACUAGUAAUUAAGUGGAUCUCUGCCCCCAGAGCAGAGGGACAUGGAUUCAGCUCUGCCGGGAACGUACCAGUUCUUCUUAAAGAGUACCCACUGUCUCCCUGCUUGGCACUUGGCUCUGUUGGAAGUAGAGGUUAGGUACCUGGUCUGACAGUGAAAUAUUCCUUUAGUAUGCCAGCUUUAAGCACCACGUUUUGCAACGCCUACCCGGGUUGAUGUAACAUCUACAGUAAAUCUGAAUGUACUCCAUACAAGAGGCCAGCAGAGUGGUGCAGGUAGUUUUCCUGGACCUCUCUGUCUUUUGACCAAUUGGUAGCAAUUUUUUUUAUAAAGAGAUGAUGAAGCCUGAACUAUUUAAAGUACUAGUAUGUGUACUUGGUUUGAGGGUUAUCCAAUGGCUGUUUCUAUUUGGAUUUUUAUCUUGUGAGGACAGAGUUUAGUUUCAAAAGUUUCCAUAAGUUACUGUCUCAAAUGGCAAAUAUAUAGAGAUUUUAUUAAAUUCUUUAAAAUUUUUUUGACUAAUUUCAAAGUUUUUUUAUUUAUUUUAUUUUUAUUUUUUAUUUUUUCAUUUCAGUAGACUAGCAUGUAGUGUUUCCUGUGGAAUUUAGUUUCAUUAAUCCAUCCAGGUGUCAUUGAAGUUCUUGAUGACAAACUACCCUGGUGCUGUACAAGCUUGUCAGCAGCAUGUUGUUGGCAGAUUCAUUGGACGUCAAGUCAUAGGCACCCCGAGUGUCAGGGCACUGUAAAGAACUCACUAUACCUGUUCAUGUGUUGGCUUUAUGGUGCCCCUUAAGAAUAGAGACAAUGUUGAGUAUCUGUCAAUCAAAGGAACUGCUCUGCAGUGAAUCUGCAUUUGAAUGUCAUUAGUCCAAAAUGAUAUGUAAAACAGAUUUAAUUUUGCUUCAUUUAAUUUCAUUUACUGUA